UUCACCAAAGCGGCCAACAUGGCAGGAGGCAAGAAGAAAUCCUCUUCUGCGCCGUCAGCACUUCAAAAAACACUUUCCUCCAUAUGGCACGACAAACACAUGGUUUUAUUCAAAGUCGAGUACACGUUCUUGGUUACAGCUGUCCUUUGGUUCUUGGAAAUUGGGAUCAACAUAUGGGUGAUCCAAAAAGUUGCAUACACGGAGAUUGACUGGAAAGCGUACAUGGAUGAGGUGGAAGGAGUUAUUAAUGGCACUUACGACUACACGCUGCUGAAGGGAGACACUGGGCCUCUGGUGUAUCCAGCUGGCUUUGUGUACAUAUUCACUGCAAUGUAUUAUAUCACUGACCAUGGACGGAAUAUUCGUCUGGGCCAGUACCUGUUUGCUGUCUUCUACCUCGUCACUCUGCUGCUUGUAUUCCGCAUUUACCAUCGCACCAAAAAGGUUCCACCGUAUGUGUUUUUCUUCGUCUGCUGUGCUUCGUAUAGGAUUCACUCCAUUUUUGUAUUGCGUCUUUUUAAUGAUCCAGUGGCCAUGAUGCUGCUUUUUGGAGCCAUCAGUCUCUUCCUGGAUGGUUGCUGGACUUGGGGAUGUGCCCUCUACAGUUUAGCUGUGUCUGUGAAGAUGAAUGUUCUGCUCUUCGCUCCUGGUCUCCUCUUCCUCCUCCUGUGUGAGUUUGGUCUGUGGAAAACUCUGCCCAGACUCAUUCUCUGUGCUGCCAUACAGCUGUUGCUAGGAACGCCAUUCCUCCUGGAGAAUCCUGUAGGUUAUGUUAGCCGGGCCUUUGACCUGGGCAGGCAGUUUUUGUUUAAGUGGACUGUGAACUGGCGUUUUCUCCCUGAGGAGGUGUUUUUGAGUCGAUACUUUCACCUGGUGCUGCUCAUGGCUCACAUCACCACGUUGAUUCUGUUUGUGCUGAAGCGAUGGAAGAGGCCUGGGACCAGUAUUUGGUCUAUUCUAAAGGAUCCUUCUGAGAGAAAAGAGACUGUACAGAAGCUCAAUGCUGAUCAGACAGUUCUGGUUCUGUUCACUUCUAACUUCAUUGGGAUGUGCUUCAGUAGGUCUCUGCAUUAUCAGUUUUAUGUGUGGUACUUUCAUACGCUCCCUUAUCUGCUGUGGAGUGGAGGAGUCAAGAAGCUUGCUCACCUGCUCAGGGUGUUGAUUCUGGGUCUGAUAGAGCUGUCCUGGAACACGUUUCCCUCCACCACCUACAGCUCUCUCUCACUGCACGUUUGCCAUCUCAUCAUCCUGCUUUGCUUGUGGCUAAACCCCACCCCUGCUCUUCCAGCUCACAGGUCAGAGAACAAGGCUAAACGCCACUGAACAGUGGCCUGAUCAGAGUGCUCGCUGUGUGGGAUGAUCCUUGGCCUCCACCUCCUGUCUCUGGUCCUGGAGCCCCAAACAGGGGUCAUCCUAGGCAAGAUUAUGAUGCUCAAACGGUAUUGGUUUGGUUUGUUUACGGAUUAAUUAUACAGUUAAUAUACUGUAUUUGGGGGGGGGGAGAGAGUUUACAAUGUUUCUCAGGAUUCUUAAGGACUAAUGCUCAGUCCUUAAUAUCUGAGCAGAAAAUGUGAACGUUUUUUUUUUGGAUCUUUAUCGAAAGGACAUAUUUUUAUUUAUUGUUAUAGCAUAUCCACGCAGUUGACCUCUGAGACCUAAAGGCUCACAGAUCUGCUGAUGUCGGCCCAUGGGUGCAUUAUUGUCAGGACUGUUUAUUGGUACAAAAGCCUAAGAUUAUGUAAAAAUGCCUGAGUUUCAACUUAUGUAUUGAUUACGAUGUCAUUAAUUUUGAUGUCGUUAUUCAGGGAUUUUGUUUCCAUUAAAUGUUGAUUUUCCAACCAUGCACAGCGACUAUAAGCUUAAAAGGAUGAGUCAACCAAACAUAAACUCUCUCAUCAUGUUAUGCAUUGAAUGUUUGCAUGUUCUUCCAAACCUGUAUGAUUUUCUGUCUCCCAUGGAAAAGACAUAAGUAGAUGUUAGGCAGAACGCUAGCCUCAGUCACUAUUCACUUUCAUUGCAUCUUUUUUUGGAAUACCCAAUUUCCAAUGCACUCAAAGUCCUCGUGGUAGCGUAGUGACUCGCCUCAAUCCGGGUGGCGGAGGACGAAUCUCAGUUGCCUCCACGUCUGAGACUGUCAAUCCGCGCAUCUUAUCACGUGGCUUGAGCGUGUUACCGCGGAGACAUAGCGCGUGUGGAGGCUUCACGCUAUUCUCCGUGGCAUCCACGCACAACUCACCACGCGCCCCACCGAGAGCGAGAACCGCAUUAUAGCGACCACGAGGAGGUUGCCCCAUGUGACUCUACCCUCCCUAGCAACCGGGCCAAUUUGGUUGCUUGGGAGACUCCAGGGGUGGUAAUCAGCGUCUUUACUCGCUGAGCUACCCUGGCCCCUCUUCAUUGCAUCUUUUUUACCAUACAAUGAAAAUGAACAUUGACUGAGGCUAACAUUCUGCCUAACAUGUAAUUUUGGGUUCCACAGAAGAAAGUCAUAUGGUUUUGGAACGACAUGAGGGUGAGUAAAUUAUGACAGAAUUUAAAUUUUAUGUGAACUAUUCCUUUAACAAGCUCAUAAUAGUUUCAUGUAUAGGGCACAAAGGAAUAGCAUAGAUCUGCUUUUCCAUUUCGACAGCCAUGAACUUCUUACGUUCUCUUAGUUUUUUUCUGAGUUUGUUUACUGCCUUUGUUCUUUUACUUGUAUUAUGUUCAGUAUGUUUGUCAUUUUUCUGUACUGUCCUACAAAGGCAAAAUGCAGUAAUUACAACAACACCUCAGAUUCAGAGAAAAUGUAAUAAUUCACAUUUAAAUGGACAAUCAUAUUGUAUACGAGACAUAAGUUUCAACUCAAUUUUGACAAUUUAAUAACUGCAUUUUGCAUUUGUAUGGCAGUAAAGUGGAGAAUGGAACAGUGCUGCAAUGCUUAAUUUUUGGGGGUCAGUUUUUAUUUUUCUGAGAUGAAGUGUGAAUGACUGAUCUGAUUAACUUUUUUUUUUUUGCAUGGUCAGUUUGCUUAAUUUCGAUGUAUAAUAACUAUACAGCUGUUACAACUGUUGUCCAUGAUCUUAUUCCAGUUUGAGGGUAUUAACAAAGCCUAACAACUGGAAAGUUGUGGAAAAUGUAUCUUAAAACCUUGAAGAAAGCAUCAUCUGGAAUCAUUCAAGCAUUUUAUUGUAUAGGUUUUUAAGUGAUUGAAAAUAAAAUGUAAUAAUUUCAUAAAAUUCAUACUGUAGAUCA